AUGUCGAAAAAACCGACGACGGGCCCGGCCCUGCAUAAGGUCAUCAUGGUGGGCAGCGGCGGUGUGGGCAAAUCCGCCCUAACGCUACAGUUCAUGUACGACGAGUUCGUGGAGGACUACGAGCCAACGAAAGCGGACAGCUACCGCAAAAAGGUGGUACUGGAUGGUGAGGAGGUCCAAAUCGAUAUCCUCGAUACGGCGGGCCAGGAAGACUAUGCCGCAAUCCGGGACAAUUAUUUCCGCAGUGGAGAAGGCUUCCUGUGUGUGUUUUCCAUCACGGAAGACGACAGUUUUCAGGCGACUCAGGAAUUCCGGGAACAAAUAUUACGUGUGAAGAACGAUGAAAAUAUUCCAUUUCUGCUGGUGGGCAAUAAAUGCGAUUUGAAUGACAAACGGAAGGUACCGUUAUCGGAGUGUCAAUCCCGUGCCCAACAGUGGGGUGUGCCAUACGUUGAAACAUCGGCUAAAACACGCGAAAAUGUGGACAAGGUAUUCUACGAUCUGAUGCGUCAGAUACGGUCGCGCAAGACGGAAGAUUCCAAGACAACAAACGGUCGCGUUAAAGACAAAUCCAAGCGGCGAAAAAUCAAAUGCAUGCCAUUAUAG